GGUAGGGGCCCCAGUUUAGUGCAGUGAAGUGCAGUGCGUAUGUUUUUGUGUGAAAGCGCACACAUACUCUCUGCUGCUGCCGCAACACCAACACCAUAAACUACAUUCCUGCCUCCUUUCUUUCUCUUUCUCAAUCAACUUCAAUUAUUCACUCUCCUUCACUCCAGAUUUGGGCAAGUUUGAGGGUGAUUAGGAAAUCAUGACCUCUGCUAAUGACAUCACUGAUAAUGAAGCUGAUGGGAAGCAACAGUCUGAAUCAGAGAUGCAGUCUUCCUCUGCAAAUGGAACUUCUGAUCCAGACACGGGUUCCCAGAAUAUUCAGUUUGAAAAACCUGCACAGCUUGGAGAUGUUCUGGCUAUGGCACCACCUGGUUACCCAUAUCCAGAUCCUUACUAUAGAAGCAUCUUUGCUCCCUAUGAUACACAAGCUUAUGCCCCACUGCCUUAUGGUGGACAACCGAUGGUCCAUUUUCAGUUAAUGGGAAUUCAGCAAGCUGGUGUUCCUCUGCCAAGUGAUGCUUUUGAGGAGCCUGUGUUUGUAAAUGCGAAACAAUAUCAUGGUAUAUUAAGACGAAGGCAAUCCCGUGCCAAAGCUGAAUCAGAGCGUAAAGCUAUUAGGAAUAGGAAGCCAUACUUGCAUGAAUCUCGGCAUUUGCAUGCGCUGAAAAGAGCAAGAGGAUGUGGAGGCCGAUUUCUAAAUGCAAAGGAAAAUGAGAACGGACAUAAUGAUGCGGCAUCAACUGACAAAUCACAGUGCAAUAUCAACCCCAAUUCUGAUAAAAGUGAUAUCACUUCAUCAGAUAGGACAGUCUAAAACUGUGAAACUGACGUUACCUUAGACAGUUGGGGACCUGUUGUAUAUCGCAAUAUCAAAAUAACACCAGCGCGGAUAUCUCUGUGUUGCUUCAUUCUGGCUCUAUAGGUAUAUCUUUUGUGUAGUAGUACCUUAGGAUUUCACAUUCAUCCUGGUAAAAUGUAAAUUUAAGUGAUUUUAUCAGAUAUUAUUGGCCUUUUAAGCCGUUGGUAGGGGAUAUUUUUAUGGUGAUGAGUAUUUCUUUGUAUCUGGUAUUUUGGAGAGGUUAGAGAUUAUCCUAAGCCAUGAUGAAAGUUUGGUUGAAUCAUGUUUAUUUAGCCAGACUAUUGUUGUACUUGUAUGUCCUUUGAUCCAUUCUUGUCAGAGCGGAGGACAAGUUAAAAGGAGUUUUAAGGUGGAACCUAAACUGAUUUGCUAAAAUGUUGUCGACAACUGCAGAAUGGUACUUCAAUCUUGCAAUUAUUGUAAA